AUUACUAGCUCUUUUAUUCCUUCGCUUUAGUUGUUCUUUAAAGAUACUGCCCUUAUAUAACAAAGCUGUCUUAUAAGUGUUACAAGCACUGGUCUUUCCGUUUCAUAUUUCAUAUCCUGAUACAAUUAUCAAACAAGAACAAUGGGGUUAUUUAGAAAAAACUCAAACGCUUCACAACAUUCUGGAGGUUCAGGUGGUAAACCUGCAAAAUUACAAAUCACCAAAGAUGAUGAACGUGCGUAUAAAGUUCGUACUGGUUCUGUUCAUGAUCCAAUUUUACAAGCUGUUAAUGAAGCUCAACCUUUUGAAGAAGCUGCUUUAGAUCAACAACUUGAAGGAAAUUCCAAUUCUUCAUUAACAAGACAAAGUUAUAACAUGAUGGCUUCAAAUGGUGGGUUUUAUGAUGUUUUCGGGAAACCUAUUCAUCAACCAGAUAUUUCAAAUCCAACAAGAGCUAGAGAUGAAAGACCUCUAGACACUAUAAGAGGAUUUGAAUAUUCAAUAACUGGUGAUUUAUCUUAUAAAGAUCGUUUGGAAAGUGAUAAUCUAGGGUUUAGAGUCCGUAAUGAUUUCCCAAGUUUUGCAGGUGGGAAUCCAUAUGGUGCUGGUGCAGCUGCUGUUUUUCUGGAGAUCAACAAGCUUUUGAACAAGGUGUUUAUGAAGCCCCUGCUAAAAAAGUUGAAGCUGCUAAAAAGAAGAAGGGACUUUUCGGUAGAAAGAAGAAAUGAAGAAUUACACGGGACAAUAUUGACCAUUUUUGAAAGAAUGGUUUUAUUAUAUGAUUAUUAUGAAUAUUUGGGAAGAAAAGAUAUGAUUGUAACAUUAGCGGGAUGGUGAUUUGUUUAUAGUGUAUUUGAUAAUAAAUAUAACACUUGUCAUUCUAUGGAGAUUUAUAUAAUUCAUCAUAUAUUGUAACCUUUGACACAUUCAAUUCAAGGCUACCUACUGAUUCGCGAAUGCAGGGGCCUAGAACUGGUCUGCAAUCACACCCGGACACCAGCAGCAGUAGUACGUGGUUUUUUUCGAUAAAUUAUGAAUUUAUAAA